GGCACAUAUGCACAUGAGAAAUUUCAGUACUGAGGGCAUUGUCGUCAAUGAAACCUGUAUAUAAAAUGCUCAGGCAAAAACCCUAGCCAUCCGUAACAAGCUUCCCUCCUCUCUCUCAAUUUCGGCUGCUGCAGACUCUCUAUCCCCAACUACUCUAAUGGCUUCCGAGAGGAAACUGAGUAAUCCCAUGAGGGAGAUCAAGGUCCAGAAGCUCGUCCUCAACAUCUCCGUCGGUGAGAGCGGUGAUCGUCUCACCAGGGCGGCGAAGGUGUUGGAGCAGCUCAGCGGUCAAAAUCCAGUGUUCUCCAAGGCAAGGUACACUGUGCGGUCCUUCGGUAUUAGACGUAAUGAAAAGAUUGCAUGCUAUGUCACUGUUAGGGGUGACAAGGCGAUGCAGCUUUUGGAGAGUGGUUUGAAGGUGAAGGAAUAUGAGCUGCUGAGGAGAAACUUCAGUGAUACUGGGUGUUUUGGCUUUGGCAUUCAGGAGCACAUUGACCUGGGAAUCAAGUAUGAUCCUUCAACUGGAAUCUACGGUAUGGACUUCUUUGUUGUUCUGGAGCGCCCUGGUUACCGUGUUGGCCGUCGUCGCCGAUGCAAAUCUCGUGUUGGGAUCCAGCACAGGGUCACAAAAGAGGAUGCCAUGAAAUGGUUCCAGGUCAAAUAUGAAGGUGUGAUUCUUAACAAGUCUCAGAAUAUCACAGGUUAAGCUGGGAGAUUCUUGGGAAGAUGACCCAAGUUUUGAGUUAGGUUGAUGUUAUUUAGACCAGUGUCCUUUACUAUUAUCUUUCGUUUUUCAAAGUUUUGAGAAGAGCAUGGGAUGUGUUUUCUGGACCAGAAUCUGUUAGUUUAUUUGUUCCAUAUAUUUUCAGCGGCACUAUCCACUAUUGUGAUAGUUUUAGAUAAUUGAUAAUGAAUGGUUUGGAUUUGGGAUUUCAUGCA